AUGACAUACAACACAUUCCAAAGUAAUGAUUUCCAAGGAGGUCAUGACGACGACUCAAGUCUCCUAGCUGAAACUUAUAGGCCAUGCAAAACUCUCUAUAUAUCGACCACUACCGAUACACAUACGCUCUUAAAUCUCAGUCCAAGUUCUCGCAUAUCAUUUGUCAAAGAAACAUUCAUAAUUUCAGUGUUUGAUAGAAACAUCAUCCCUCAUCGUGAUUAUGAAUGUGCGUUUUCUUACGCAGGUAGAGAAUUAACAGGUGACGAGACGUUGGAAAGUUGUCAGAUUGGGGAUGAAGCAACGGUAAAUGCUGUUGUGUGGACUCUGGAUCUUACCCUUCACAAGGGGCUUAAGCAGGAAAAUGAGGAUGCAUCCUCUAUGAUUGGGCGUGAUGAUGAGCAGAAAACCAAGAGAUCGGAACGUGUCAAAAGUGCACUAGGUUUAUCAGACCCAGAUGAAGACAUGGAACAAUCAAAUUUACUUCUUCAACUUGGCCCGGUAACUAAGAAGCGAAAGGUUAGAUUUGCUGAUGAAAUUGAUGUUGUGUCACCUCCACAAACACCUUUUCACAUCCCAUCAACUUCAAAAUUUUCGGGACCUCAAGGUUAUUCGAUGUCAGGUGGAUUAGGACAAGGAAGUAAAGCUAUACAUUUCCACGAUACUUUGGUCCAAAAUGCUACUAAAUAUGCUUUUCCUCAAACAGGUUCUCUUGGAGAACUUCCACCGCCCAAGCAUUUGAAACCAACUUUAAAAUAUCCGCCACCUUUCGAUAUAUAUACGGGACAAGAAAAAUCAUUUAAGCCAGUAUACGAUUCUCUUGGGAAUCUCAUCGCACAAAAGGAGGUUUCUCAAGCGAAUUGCGUGGAAAUAAUGAUCUGUCGUCAAAUUCAAGCAAAGACCCUUUACCUGCAGUACGGAACACCGUGUAUAUUCAACCUCCGGGAACUAGACCAAUAUCUAAAUCCUUACCUCCAACGUCGGCUCGUGGGUCGUUAA